AUGUUCAAUCAUUCACUUCUCUAUAUUUUUGUUAUUUUCAGUGUUUGUAAAAGUGAGAGUGGUUGGUGUGAAGAUUCAGGAGUGAUCACUUAUUUUACUUCCACCCAAAGUUGUUUAAAAAACAAUUGGGAUGUUGUUCCGAAUGAAGAAGGUUACAGUUUCACAUUUCAAAGUGGGUGUUGUUCCUCCCCAAUAAUGACGUUUGAAGAAACUGCCUUUAAUGAAUAUGUUGUUCGAAAAUUUGAAUUUAAACCUUCUGUGUCACUGAAAUGUUUAUUUGUCAGAGAGGCAAAUGUGAAUGUCAGAGUGACUUUAGUGGAACUCAAUCGACCAGAAAAUUUGUUUGUAUCUUUUGGUUGUUUUAAUAACGAAGGAUAUUGCAGGACAACUAUAAAUGAUUCUUUGAGACCACCAGUAGUUUUAAGGACACAAGGGAUUUCUUUGUUUUCUGAUAUAGAUCAGAAUUUCUGGAUAAUGAUAUUCAGAACAACAUCACAAAUCGCUUAUUUAUUUAUUGAUGGAAACGUGAUGCAAUCUGUUAAUUUUGAAUUCAGAACAACAGUAUAUGUUGGAGAUCCAUUUACAAAGGGAAGAUAUCUAUUCACUGGAAAAUCAAAAGAAGAGAGUAUUGGUUUUUAUUUGUCUUCUUUGGAACCAUUAGCAAAAGAAGUGUGUGAUAGAAAUGGGUUUAAACGAUUUUUAUAUUUCAAUACAAAUGAAACUACAAAUACGUCAAAUUUGAAAAAUACGACUUGUUAUUGUAAUGCAGAGAAUGAAAGUAUUACAUGGGAAAAUGUAAAUACAUUCCCAGAUUGUAGAUACAACAGUUCAUUAUUUGAUUUGAAUUUAACAGCGAUUGGCGAGAGUAGAAGUGAAAGUGAAGAUAUCAAUAUUUAUCUUAAUGUUACUCAAUGGUUUUCAAUCAUUUUCAAAACAAAUAGAAAAUACAUAUUAAAUGGAAUUGAUGUAAGUGUAAACACAAUUUAUUUUGACACUCUGGAAAUAUUAGAAAAUGAAGAUAUUAUUUUUAAUUUAAAUUGUAAUAUAUCAACUUUGAAAGUAACUUCUAUUGGGAAAUUUUACUUCAAAAAGAAUCUCGUAAUUAACACACAAAUAAUAAUAUCUGAACCCAAUUUUACAAACAAAAUAUUGUUUGCUUUAGAUGGAGAUUUUACUGAAGUUAAGACGUCACUUUUAUCCAAAUGUGGGAAACGAGUGUAUUUGACAAAAAGUAUGUGUAACAUGUGUCUUUGUAAUUACACUGAAAAUGGCGAAUGGGAUCCAAAAGGUUCUGAUGGAAUAAAUCGAGGAGACUGCUUUAACAACACUACACAAAAUACUUUGACUCUUCAAAUUCUCUCAUCACAAAUGAAUGAAAAUUUAACUACACAAACUUGGAACAGAAUUGAAAUUAAUGUUAAAGAUGUGAAUGUCACUUUCACUUCAAAUGUUACAACAAAAACACUUUCACUGCACAAAUGUGCCACUUUUAAUGCACCACUGAAAAUCACUUCAUCAAUCGAGUUUUACACUAAUGGGUAUAUUAAAAUGACUUCGAAAUAUUCUUUAACAAUCGGCGAAAGUGUCACAAUAAAUCUCAAUAAUAUGACAACAAUUGGGGAUAAAACGGGUCUUAUUCAAAUUCAAAAAGGUGGUAAAUUUAUAUCAGACACAACCAACAUAAAAGUCAAUUUUAACAAUUAUCAAGACAAUUAUAUCAACUUGAUUUCAUUUCAAGAAGUUCAAAAUUCAUCUUCAACACCUUUGUUUAAUAAAUUACUUGGUGGGAAAUUAUAUCGAUCUUAUCUAAACUCUAACAAUGUUGAUACAACCGUUACAUGUACUUAUAUCAGUGGAAACUUUGAUGAUUACAACAGUUAUGACAAUCAAGUCCUACACUGUUUACUAUCCUCUGUUAAUUCAACAAUUGUAAUACAAAACACAAAACUCGAACAAAACAUCAAUUUUAUUGGAGUAUUUAUGCAAAACACAACGCAACUUGAUUUUAUUAAAAAAUACACUUUUACUUCUAAAUUUAAAGAACAAAAUGAAAACUUAAUUUAUAUUAACAACUCUUCAAAAAAUGGCGAAAACAUUGAAAUUUCACAAAUGAGUAAGAAGUGGAUUUUAGGUUCUAAAUUUGGGUUUACCACUACAACAAAAUUAUCAAAAAAGGAGAUGAGGAAAACAACUGAUACUUAUAAAACAGUGUCAUUUAAUGAAACAAACCAAUGUUUGCUCUUUUAUUCCAAUUUAGAAAAUGGAAGUUGUCAUUUAUGUAAAAAUGACUCAUAUUUAUCAAGUGGAAAUUGCGAAGUUAUAAGUUCAAAAUGUAUAACAUUAUACAAAAAACAAACUUCAGCUGUUUGUGAAGCUUGUGAAACUGGAAGCGAAGUUGAUAAAUAUCAAUGUUUACCAUGCCCGACUAAUUGUCUUCAUUGUGUCAAAGGAAAAUGUGUUUUAUGUGAUAAAGAGUAUAUUGUUGACGUCAAUCGAAACUGCGAAAAGGUAUUAGUUUAUGAUGAUAAUUCGUUAUUAAUAAUAUCAGGUAAAACAAUCAAAUGCAAUAUUGGAUAUUUUAUUAAAUCAAAUAAGUGUGAAAAUUGUGGUGAAAAUUGUAUUAAUUGUAACAAUGAAAGUUCUUGUAAAAUAUGUGAUUCUAAAAGUUUAUUGAAAAAUGGAGUUUGCACUCCACUAAAUGGAGUUAUUCUUUCAAACAACGACAAUUUAAUUAUAUGUGAAACUGGUUAUUACAAUAUAGAAAAUACUUGUCAAAGUUGUUCAACUAAAUAUGGUGAAUUGUGUUCCCUUUGUGAUACACACAAUUGUCUUCAAUGUAAAUUGAAUGGAGUUAUUAAUAAUGAAGGAAAAUGCAUCGAACUAACACAAAGUAGUUGUAUUCAAACAUCAAACAGUUUUUGUAAUGGCUGUAAACAAGUCUCUAAUUUUAUUAAUGAUAGUGGAGUGUGCACUUCAAAUUCCAAUUGUUUGAUAUCAAAUAAAAAUGAAAAAUGUUUGCUCUGUGAAAACAAUACUUUUUAUGAUAAUACAUCCAUGUGUGUUUCAUUGGCAAAUCAAGAAGAAAAUUGUGAUCGAAUGAAUGAAGAACAAGACCGAUGUAUUCAUUGUUUAACAGGUUAUUUUGUAUCAAAUUAUCAAUGUGAAAAUUGUUCUGAAAAUUGUUUGGAUUGUCUUGAUUUUUCAACGUGUCUUUCGUGUACUGAAAAUCACUUUUUAAAAGAUGGGAAGUGUUUUUCAAAUUCGGAAGUCAUCACCAAUUGCAAAAAGCUUUUACCAUCAAAAUCAAUUUGUGCGUUUUGUGAGAGUCAUUUUUACAGAAACGCCGAAGGUGAGUGCAUAAAUUGCAUUGAAAAUUGUAAUGAGUGCAACACUGAAAAAACAUGUUUAAGUUGUUUUACAAAUUACUUUUUACUCACAAACAACACACAGUGUAUCUCAUAUGAUUUACUUGUAAAUUGCGAAUUUAAAAGUCAAAGUGGAUGUUUAAAAUGUUCAACUGGUUUUUACCAACAAAAUCAGUUUUGUGUCUCCUGUAACUCAACAACUUUUAAUUGUUCCACUUGUGGAACAACUGGAAUAUGCACUUCGUGUGUAGAAGAUUAUGUCUUGAUAGACUCCAAAUGUUACUCUAAAAGUUCAAUUGAAAAUUGUGUUGAAGUGACAAACUCUAAAUGCACGAAAUGCACUUUUUGGCACACGCCAAAUUACUCAAACACGUCUUGCCAUACAAAAGUAGUGUGGUGGGUGAUAUUGAUUGGAGUGAUAUUUGUUCUCAUCAUCAUAACUAUCGUUGUAUCAUUCGUGUUAUUUUUCUCUGUUAAAAUUUCUCAUCAUUAUCAAACCAAAAAAGUAUAUGAGAAUAUGUGUAUUUUCGAUGUCAGAAAGUCGAACAUUCGAUUCACCGAAACUUCAAUUGCCAACGUUUUUGUGAACAAAAAUGAAAUUAAAUUUGAAGGAGAAAACGACGAGGAAGCAAUUCCAGUGGACAAAGAGUCGCGUGAGUUAUUUUGUGUUGGCAAUUUUGGAAAGAACACAAUAAAAGUGCAAUUUUCGUCCAAGGAAGACACAGAAAAAUAUUCCAUUCGAACAGAACCACUUGUGAUUUCUUUAAAAGGGAACAAAGCAAUCGAAUUUGAAAUAUUUAUUCAACCAAAAUGUUCGUGUAAAAUUGAAGAUAAAAUCACAUUGUUUUCUGUUGAUUUUGAAAGUGGAAUCACUGCAGAAACUCCAAUUAAUUUGGUUGCUAUAACUCAGAUAUCAACCAAGUUGGAUUAUGAAGAAUUAAAUGAAGACAAAAAACUUGGUGAAGGUGGUUUUGGCAUAGUUUACAAAGGUACUUUCAGAAGAAAUUUUGUAGCCAUCAAAAAGAUGAAAUUGACUAUUUUAGAUGAUCAAAAUAAAGAAUUUGAAAAUGAGGUAUCGAUGCUUGACAAAUUUAGAAAUGAGUAUAUUGUCCAUUUCUAUGGUGCAGUUUUUAUACCAACCAAAGUGUGUAUGGUCACUGAAUUUGCCGAAUUUGGGUCUUUACAAGAUUUAAUGAAUCAUAAAACAAGUGAAGAAGUUAUAAUGAAACUCCGAUUGAAAAUGAUGUUGGACGCAUCAAAGGGAAUAUUAUAUUUACAUGAAAAUGGGAUAUUACACAGAGAUAUCAAACCAGAUAAUAUUCUCGUGUUCUCACUUGAUGUAAACGAAAAAGUCAAUGCAAAAUUGACUGAUUUUGGAAGCGCUAGAAAUGUAAAUUUGUUGAUGACCAACAUGACUUUCACAAAGGGUAUUGGAACACCAAAGUACAUGGCGCCGGAAGUAUUGGAACAAAUGAAAUAUAAGAAGAGUGCUGAUAUAUAUUCAUUUGCUAUAACUAUGUUCGAAUGCUUUGGAUGGAAGGAAGCUUAUCCAAUUGACACAUUUAAAUAUCCCUGGAAAAUAGCAGAGUUUGUGAUCAGUGGUAAUCGAUUAAAAAAACGUCAAGAAACGCCGACAGAAUGUUAUGCAAUUAUUCAAAGUUGUUGGGACCAAAAUCCAAAAGAAAGGUUACAGAUAAAUGGAGUUGUGGAUCGUCUUCAAAACUGUUUUGAUUCACUUUGA